UCGUCACCACAGAGUUUGAAAACUCAUCCAUAUUUUAAGGAACUGAUGUUUUUACAGAAGACAGUAGAAGUGAGAGAAACUUCAACUAACCUUGAGGAAAAUUCUUCAGAGAUGUGCGCUGUUGGUGGGUUAGAUGAGGAAGAGGAAACUGAAUACUCACUACCUUCCCCGUUAGAUAUUGAAAGGUCUGAACCAGAAAAUUCUGCAAAGAAGGCAAAUCCUCCAAAAAAAAUUCUUUCAUCUAAAAAUGCUGGUUGUCGCAAAAAGAGUAAAUCUGAUUCUGCUGACGAAUCAUUUCAAGAUGUGCUGAGUAUUUUAAAUAAUUUACAGAACGAAUUACAUGAACAUCAGAAAGCUAAAGCUAUACAAUGUGAUGAUGAUGAAGCAACUUGCUUUGCUAAAAGCUUGAUUGUUCACAUUAGGCAGGUUCCUGAAAACAAGCUGUUACAGAUGAAAGUUGCAGUCCUUAAUUGUAUAGAUACUUUUAUUAAGAGUUCUGUUAAUCCAGAAUAUAGACCAAAAGAGUAUUCUACACUUCCUCCAGUUGCAGGGCCUCAAAUAUACUCGAACACAUAUGAUUACAGUGUACCAUACCAGAUGUGUACAGAACAACCUUCAUUUUCCAAGUUUCAUAGUGUGAUAAUGCCAAACUAUACUAAAAACACAUUGCAAACAAACAUUCAGUCAUCAACCUAUCCAACUUACCAUCCUCAAGUAAAUGUUUUGCAAAACUCUAACCCUCAUCCUUACACACAACAGUUAACCAACAGGCAGUAUCAAGCACAAACCUCUCACCAUUCCUUUGAAAACAACACACAGCCACCACUCCUGAAGCACAAUAUACCAAUGCAUGUCAUUCCACUGCAAUCACAAGUAGAUAAAUUGCAAACAAACCCACCGAAUUUGUCAGUGCAGCAUCAGGCAACUUCCUUUACAAAACAACCUCAUUCAGGACAUAUUAAUGCAAACCCUUUAAAUGAGAAUCAAACAACAGAGUCAUUCCUAAAUGUUAACACAAACACUGCUAAUUUAAGCAGACCACCAUCUGCAGAGAAUGUUUCUUCUUGUCAGGAGACAGACUAUAAUGCUAAUUCGGUGUGUAAGAAAUAUUCAUUUCUGCGUGAUCUUGGAGUUGAUGUUGUUGAGUAAUACAUAUAAUUUGUAAAUGUGAACUGUAAUGUUUAGAUUUAUGUGCAAUAUUGAAAGUUUUUGGUUCAAGAC